AGCUUCCCGAUGCGCUCAUUGGUGCAUCCUUCCAACGUGUCACCAGUUUUGGUGGAUUACCCCAGAUAUCUUUACCAUCAGGAGGGUGAAACAUCACUCAGCUCUCUUCACGAGCUACCAACAAGGACCUCUGACGUUUGGGAGACUUUCUUUCGCAAAGAACAACUCAGAAGGGGAAGGAUUUGAAGAUUUUUUUAUUGGUUGUCCAGUUUAGAAGUCUAGACGUUUAUUAGUUACCUCAGCCCGAGUACAAAUACGCAGUUAUUUCCUUUAAGAUCGAAGAUGGCCAUGUCUUUGUCACUCUCAGCGUUCCUCCUGUUGGCACCGUUGCUGUUUAAGGGUCUCUGGGUCAGUGGCUCCCCGGGCUGCGCGUCUUGCAGGUUGUCAGCGAUGGAUAAGGACGCAGAGGAAAGGAUGAUGAUAGAAUUCGCCAAGCAGCAACUUUUGGACAAACUGCACCUGAAAGAGAAACCAAACAUCACUCACACCGUGCCCCGGGUCGCGCUCCUCACGGCGCUGCGCAAACUUCACUCGGGGCGCGUCAGACAGGAUGGUACCCUUGAACUAGAAAACAAUAUACCAACCAGAGAUCAAGCCUAUGAAAUAGUGAGCUUUGCAGAUAUAAAUGAUGCAAAGAGCAGUGACAAGGCAAGCCUUAGCCUUACCUUUCAGUUUCUGCAGGAACGUGGCCAAAGUAUCCAGGUCCUCCAGUCCUCUUUGUGGAUCUAUGCCCGUGCCUCUGAGGACCCACAACGGAACUCUCGUCUCCUUGCCCAGGUUUUCCUCUCCGUAGAUGGUGACAUCUCAGGCUCUAAUCGGACCUUGGUGAUGGAAAAGAUGUUGCACGUCAAGGAGAGUAACUGGCACACUUUCUCUGUCACCCACACCCUGCAAACCUUCUUGGACGGGGGCCAACAUCGGCUGCAGCUGGAGGUCACUUGCGAAGAAGACGGACAGAACCUUUGCUCCCUAGAUGGCUCUGCUGAAACCCCCUACCAGCCCUUCCUGGUGGCUCAGGUGCGUCUCCGUGAUGACCACUCCAAGCAUUUGCUCAGGAAGCGCUCAGUGCGUUGCGGUGACGAUGUAACAGUCUGCUGCAAGAGAGACUUCUACAUCAAGUUUAAAGACAUCCAGUGGGAUGAGUGGAUCAUUGCGCCUGAAGGCUACCAUAUGAACUACUGCAUGGGACAUUGCCCCCAACAUCUGUCUGGUUCCCCAGGUAUAGCAUCCUCAUUCCAUGCCACUGUCUUCAGCCAACUCAAAGUCAAUGGUAUUAACACAGCUACAGCCUCAUGCUGCGUUCCCACAGAGCGUCGACCACUCUCCAUGGUUUACUUCAACUCUCAGCACAGCAUUGUCAAAACAGAUGUCCCUGACAUGAUAGUGGAGACCUGUGGAUGCACAUAAAAAAUUGAGUAUUACUAUUAGUGGUAUAAUUAAUUAUUUUCUUGAGUGUAUUUGUAGACAAGUUGACUUAAAGAAACACAAAUUUGACCAACUUUGGACAAACAACUUUUACACAGAGUACUUAAAAUGAGAAAUGCCCACCCAAAAGACUUUUGAAUUAUCGACAGAGGAUGUUACUAGACUUUACAAAUACAAACACGAUUGUUUUAUAGCAGUUACUCAAUAGGUGUGUUGUGUGUAUUUUUACAUAAACGUAUAAAUUAACACUCUAGGUUUACAUUAAGAAAAUUAUGGGCACAAAAAGAAUAUUAUGAGUAUAUAAGUAUUAUGUUCUAAAGAAAUAGGUAUUGAUACAGUUUACUGCUUGUAGUAACUUUUAAUUUAUUUCUAAACUCUUGUAGUCAGUAUUUAAAGAAUCUCAAAUGCAUUUCAGUGCCUAGAGGUGAGCAAAUACGCUAAGUCUGGAUGCAGAUACAUUUAUUCUUUUAUACGUCGGAGACAAAAAUCAAAGAGCAGCACUAAAAUAUGAAAGACUCAAUAAUAAAGUUUAGAUUUCAAUGCAAAAAAAUACAGUGAAUACAAAAGUGCAGUAAUGAUAUCAGGUUCCAUUUUCAAACUUAUAUAAGCCCAUAAAGUCUUGCAUUAAUUAAUUUUCACUUUUGUCAUUUGUACCUUACGACUUUUACUUUUCACGUGCUGCCGGGAUGAAGUUCAAAGAUGCACUACAUUUCUUUCCUAAUUCAUUGUAUGUUUUAUAGUCUGUUUUGUGUUAUAAUCAGUGUCCAAAUGUAAAAAAAAUUAUAUAUAUAUAUUCUAUACUUUCAUUUUUACGUAACUAUUUUUUUCAUUGUAAAUCUUCA